AUGGAUCGAUUGGUGAAAAUGCAAAAGUUUCUUUUAUUUUUUCUUGCUACCAUGGCUAUAUCUGCCAUGCUAGCAACCUCUGGUACUCUCUCUCUCUCUUCUUUAAUAUUGAUUUGGUUUUUUGAUGCAGAUAAACCAGUCGACCCUUUUUGCUAUGAUCCCUGCACAUCCAACUUUGGAGAGGCGCAGUGCAAAUCAGAGUGCGGCACAAAACACUUCAGGUUUGGACACUGCUUGACUCAAGGCGGCCAGUUACUUUGUUGCUGUAGUCCUUAAAAGCUAGCCAGGCUUGGAGACAGAAGAUUAAAAUGAUCGAUUGUUAGUAAAUGAGUUUACUAUGCCACACCAUAGCAUGCCCUAUCAACCAGAUGAAUG